GGGGCAUUGGCCCCUGACCUCAGGGACGGAAACCAUUGUUACCUGGCAACAGCAAAGAGGUCGGGUGGCGGCAGUGGGCGGUGAAACUGCUUGGGUGAGUACCCUGCCCGGGUGAGGAGGGGCUGUCAGCGGGGCAGGGAAGUGGGCUGAGAGCGGAGGUGGCGAGCGCAGGCCAGGGUCGGGAGGCGGGGCGAGGGCCAGGAACGCAGGCAAGGCGGCACAGCUGGGGUCAGGGCCCGGGUCCAGGGAGGAGGUACUGGGCUGAGGAAGAGGGUUCGGGGCCGGAGAUGCGUAGCCCGGCAGGCCUCGGUGCAUUGUUGCAGAAGGACGACGGCGGCAUGUGCGAGGGUCCUUCCCGCAUCUCGGGGCCCAUCCCCCCAGACCCUACGCUCUGUCCUGACUACUACCGGCGGCCGGCCUCGGCCCAAGGGCGCCUUGAGGGAAGCACGCUGAAGUUGGGCCUGCUGACUCCGGACCCCGACCUGGACGCCACCCCUCCCCGCGGACCCCGCAUCGGUCCCGGAGCCCGAGAAAUCCUGGAGCGUGGCCGGCGCGGCGUGGGUGGCGUGCUGCUGCAGCUCGGGGGUAUUUCCCUAGGCCCAGGGGCCUCUCCCAAGAGGAAGGACCCUAAAGACCAUGAGAAGGAGAACCUGAGGCGGAUCAGGGAGAUCCAGAGGCGCUUCCGUGAGCAGGAGCACAGCCGGAAGCAGGACCAGUCCAGGCCCCUGAAGGCUCUCUGGCGCUCACCCAAGUAUGACAAAGUGAAGUCCCAUGUCAAGGCCCAGCUGCAGCAGCCCAGCCCUGCCUCUGGGACAGAGCCUGCCCAUUUCCUGAGGGCACAUUCCCGUUGCGGCCCUGGGUUCCCACCACCCCGUGUCCCCAGUCCCCAGCUAACCCCACCAGGUCCCAAUGCUAAGGGCCCAGGCCCAAGUGUGGACUUCAUUACCCACAAUGCUCGCACUGCCAAGAGGGCCCCCCGGCGUCAUUCUCGCUCGCUGCAAGUCCUGGCACAGGUGCUGGAGCAGCAACGGCAGGCCCAGGAGCACUACAACGCCACACAGAAGGGUCACGUUCCCCAUUACUUGUUGGAGCGGAGGGAUCUGUGGCGGCAGGAGGCUGAGGCCCGUCAGCACAGCCAGCCGGACCCGGCCAUGCCGCCUGGCCACACUUGCAUGCCUGAGAACCAGCGGCUGGAGACACUGAGCAAUCUGCUCCAGAGCCAGAGCCAGCUGCUGCAUGAGCUGGUGCUCUUGCCUGCUGGGGCGGAUUCACUGAGAGCCCAGAGCCAUCGUGCUGAGCUGGACCGGAAGCUGAUGCAGAAAUGCCAAGCCUGGUGUCCUUCCUGCUGAUUGACUACAGGAAGGUUUCUCUGCUGCCCUUAUCACUCCUCCACUCCUGCCUCAUGUCCAGGCCAGAAGGCAAGAUUGUGAGAUCAAGGAGGAGGCUAGGGCUGGGAAACAGAAGGACCAUAACUGCAUUUGUAGAAAACCUUUAAUGUUCCCCAGACUGAGAGGGCCCCAUGAGCAAGCUAAAAAACCCCACUGGGGAAGUCCCUGCCAUGUCCCAGCAGCCGGGAAGGGCAAGGGGCUGCAUCUUUGCCUGUCAGAGGCUGAAGCCACUACCAUUUCCUUGAAUGCUACUC